AAAAAUUAACACUUUUUAUUUGUUUUUAAGGCAGAUGGUGGGCAUUACUACUUUAUGACAAUACUGGUGAUAUGGGUAUCAUCAGCUGUACUGUUCUUAUAUUAUGCACAAAAAUAUUCUGAUUCUGCGAAUGAAUUUUACGUGUUCCUAUGUAACCUACCUUGGUAUACCUGGAAUGAAGAGAAUAAAAAGUUGUAUUUGACUAUACUUACAAACUCCAAUCAUGGCGUGGCGAUUUAUUCUCUGUUAUCCAAUAGCCAUCUGAACUACGCUUACUUGAAGGAUCUUUUCAAUGCUAUCUAUACCCUUGCCUGUAUAGGAUGCAAGAAGGAGUAGUUUGAUGCAGCAAUACCAUUAACCUCUACUAUUAGGUUACGCAUGGCUAGACUUCAGAAGGAAAUAGAAAGAAAAUUAGCAUGAAAUAAGAUUUUGAAAGAUCUAGGGAUAGUGCACUAGCUUAUUAUUGACCCGCACUGUAUGAUAUAUUUAUGAGAACUGUAGAUUGUAGGUGCUCUUACUCGGUUAAACUCUUUCAUCAUGCGAUUGAAGAGAACAUUUUGUGGUUGUGCUGUUGCUUUUCAAAUAAAGGUUAAAC